GAGGACCUGGCGGAGCUGCAGUGCCGCCUGCAGCGGGUGAAGGCGCUGGCCCAGUUGGCCCAGUUGCCCCCAGUCCCUGCUGGGAGCAGCACGGAGCUGCGCAGCAGGGAGCUGCGGAGCCGUCUGGAGCGAGUGCGGCAGCUGGAGCUGGGGAUCCGGGAGAAGGCGGCGGGAAGAGGAACGGGGGACACCGGGGUGGCAGCUCCUGCUGCAGAGCCGGGCAGCGGGAAGGUCCCCGCGUACCAGCGGUUCCACAGCCUCGCUCAGGACCUGCCCCCAGGGCUGACACUGCCCUACAAGUUCAGGGUGCUGGCGGAGAUGUUCCGCAGCGUGGACACCAUCGCUGGGAUGCUCUUCAACCGCGCCGAGACCGUCACCUUUGCCAAGGUCAAGCAGGGGGUGCAGGACAUGAUGCGCAAGCAGUUUGAGGAGCGGCACAUGGGGCAGAUCAAGGCAGUUUACCCCACGUCAUACAGGCUGCGCCAGGAGAAGAACAUCCCCACCUUCAGCAAUGGCUUGAAGAAGUCUGACUACCAGCUCACGCUGGAACCGGUGCUGGAGGAAGAGGAGAAGGUGAACGGCCGCCCCCACUUGUCGGCGUCGCGCCUGCUGGAGCGCAGGAGGCAGUUCCACCACAACCUGCUGGACAUCGUCAGGCAGCACCACAAGGCGUUCCUGGCCGCCCUCAGCCCUCCCAUGGUGGUGCCAGAGGAGAAGCUGACCCGCUGGCACCCCCGCUUCAACGUGGAUGAGGUGCCAGACAUCAGCCCGGCAGAGCUGCCACGGCCCCCCCAGGAGGACAGGCUCACCACGGCCCAGGAGGUGCUGAGCAAGGCUCGGGGGGUGCUGACCCCCCAGGGGAGAGGGGUCGUGGCUGAGAAGAAGCAGGCCCUCACCAUGGAGGUGGCCUGUGGCCUCAUGGCCGACAGCUACGACGUGCAGAUGUCCUCCGGUGAGAUGGAGGAACACUUGAGGCUCUUUGCGGAGCUGGUGCCCGACUGGGUGGGGAUCCACACCUUGAGGACAGACACCUACAUCAAACUGGACAAAGGGAUGGACCUCGGCCUCGUCACCGAGAGGCUCACCAAGGCAGCAAAGGAGGCAGAAGCCCUCUGA